AUGGUCGAUCUUAGGUCUGGUUCAGUCACCAACCCAGGAUCAACACCUAACCCUAACAUUGCAAGCUCUAGUGGUACCGCUAAUACCACUCUUCUGGCGCAACCUGCCAAUAAUACUCCUCCGAAUACUGGUACUCCAGUGAUAGAUGGCGGGUCAAGGGUGAAAGAAAAUAAAUUCAAAGCAGAACCACAAAGAAAGGUGAAAAACAAGAAGGUAGUUGAGGAAGAAUCAGAAGAAUCGGAAUCAGAAUCCGAUGAAGAAGAGCAAGAACAAUCAGAUGAAGAGAAUCAAGGAUCAGAAGAAGAGGAAGUAGCAAAAGAGGGAAAACCAGAGAGAGAUCUCAAAGGCAAGUCAAGAGCAAAAGAAAAGAAAUUCAAAGCAGGUCUCUAA